CUCUCUCUCUCUCUCUCUCUCUCUCUCUUUUAUCCUUUUCUUGACACGACUCACGGAUCUGAAAGAUGAGUUCCUGCAUGCGAGUCUGACACACUCCUGCAUCAUUCACCAUGUCUCAGUCAGCCCUGUCCUAGAUGGAAACAUGGGCGACAGGCGCGAGCGAGGCGCCGUGACGCGCAGGCGGAGAACCUUGACGAUCUGCGGGGAAGCCGCAGCGGCGGGCGCGAGCUCGAAACGCACGGCCAGGAGCGAGCAGAGCGCCGGUGACGCCUCCCGCAACGCAACCGCCAACGGCGAGCAGGUGCACGAGACGGCCAAGAGCAGAGACGAUGGCCUUAAGGACAGGAUCAGCUGCCAUCGGCUCCAGGAGUCACUGCUCAGCUCGGAGAGUGGCUACAGCAACUACAGAGGAAUCCUCAACUGGUGUGUGGUCAUGCUGGUUUUGUCCAAUGCACGCCUUUUCCUGGAGAACCUCAUAAAAUACGGCAUACUGGUGGACCCCAUCCAGGUGGUCUCUCUCUUCUUAAAGGACCCGUACAGCUGGCCUGCUGCAUGCCUUAUCAUUGUGUCUAACGUGUUCAUCAUGGCAGCUCUGUACACAGAAAGACAGCUGGCUAUGGGCAAAAUCUCAGAGAGCACUGGGACUUUCCUUUACUGCAUCAAUCUCAUUGCUGUUUUGUGCUUUCCAUCAGCCACCGUCCUCACACUGACCUCUAUGACCCCAGUGGGUGGAAUCCUUGCACUAUUAGUAUACACAGUCCUCUUCCUGAAGCUCUACUCCUACAGGGAUGUGAAUAAAUGGUGCCGGGAAAUCAGACAUGUCCAAGCCCGAAAACUGUCUCGCUCCAACUCCUGUCCGUCUGUGCAGAGAGCCAAUGGGAACGCAGCACACUGUCAUGUGACCUACCCGGGCAAUCUCACCCACAGAGAUAUGUAUUAUUUCAUUUUUGCCCCAACGCUGUGCUACGAGCUGAACUUCCCCCGAUCCCCACGAAUAAGAAAGCGCUUCCUUCUCAGGAGACUUUUUGAAAUGCUCUUUUUGAUGCAGUUACAAGUCGGGUUGAUACAGCAGUGGAUGGUGCCAACUAUCCAGAACUCCAUGAAGCCUUUUCAGGACAUGGACUUGUCCCGGAUGGUGGAGCGCCUCCUGAAGCUUGCUGUGCCUAAUCAUUUAAUAUGGCUCAUCUUUUUUUACUGGUUAUUCCACUCUUCCAUGAACUUUGUCGCUGAACUGAUGCAGUUUGGAGACCGAGAAUUUUACAGAGACUGGUGGAACUCAGAAACAGUGCCAUAUUUCUGGUCAAACUGGAACAUCCCUGUCCAUAAAUGGUGCCUGCGGCACUUUUAUAAGCCCAUGUUGAGAAAAGGUGUGAACAAGCUGACAGCUCAGAUCGCCGUGUUUUUUCUCUCCGCUUUCUUUCACGAGUACCUGGUGAGUGUGCCGCUGAAGAUGUUCCGGCUUUGGGCGUUCAUGGGAAUGAUGGCUCAGAUUCCGCUUGCCUUGUUCGUGGGCCGCUUCCUGAGAGGUAACUAUGGCAACGCGGCCGUGUGGAUCUCUCUGAUCAUCGGUCAGCCCAUCGCUGUGCUCAUGUACGUCCAUGAUUACUACGUGCUUCAUUAUGGAAGUGCGACAGAAGGCGGGGCUUCAUCGCAAUAAGCAAUACGCCGAAUUAAAAAAAAAAAAAAAACUCGAACCUGUUUUUAAAGAUUUUUAAGGAUACGAGCAAGAACAGUGCUUACGUCAUUACCACGAAGAGGCAAAUCCUCUGCUAAUGCACUUUAUAAGCGCAGAGAGAGACAGAUAGACAGACAAGUACACAGGCAGAGAGAGAGAGAAAGAAAAAGACAUUGAGAAAGAACCAACCAAACAAAGAAAAAAAAACAGAGGGAACAAGAGAGAAAGACAGGGAAAGAGACAAAGGGCAAGAGAGAGAGAGAGAGAGAGAGAGAGAGAGAGAGAGAAACUGCCCAGCCAAAGCAUCAGCAUUAAAUUGCCAUGGAGCUCACACACUCUGAUGAUUACAGCGAGCUUACACCACAUGCCCAUGGCCAUUUUUCCCCUCUUGCUUUUCAGUUAUGUUUCAUGAACAUUAUAUGAAUAUUAUAUGCACUUUGUAACAGUGUUUAAUUCAGUUUGUAUUUUUUAUAGUUUUGCUUCCUUUACAUAGUAAAACCUUUUAGGUUUUUGCACUUUAUCAAUAAUGCAUGUGUUUCCUGAGCCUUGGCUGAGUCUCUUCAUCAGUUAUUAUUUAGCAAAUCAUAUAUAAAUUAAUUACAAUUCAAAUGAAUGUGUUUUAUUUUUACAACUUAUUGUAUACAUUGUUUAUCUUUAGAAACAGUGUUAAGCCAACUGAUUCAUGUUAAAGUGUUAUACAUUUUAAUUUCAAUUUAAAUUUAAUGAAUUUGCUGUUGUACUUUCAAGAGACUGGACCGGUAUUGAGGUACUUUCAGAUCCUUUUUACCUAAAAAUGUCAAUUACAUGAAUUACUUUGUAAGACAAUUUAAUAGACUUUAAUUGAAUGUCUGAAACAUUAUAUAAAUCAAAGUAUUUCUAUUCCAGACUUUUCCAUGUAAUUACAUUUUGAUACAGAUUUGGUUUUAUAAGAGGUUUAUUUUAGUGAGAGGUGACAAAAAAAGUUCUAUAAAUACCAUUUUCAGCCCACAACCUUUAACAAGAUGCUGUACAGAUUUGAAAAUGAAUGUGGAAUUAAAGACACAAUGCUACGUUCCUACCGGUGCACUGAGACUCCAUUGUGGCAGCUGAAAAAAUAAAGCUGGUCAAGCCAA